AUGUCUGCGUCAGUCGCGGCCACUUCGUCCCCCUUUCUCCCCAUCCCACCAGCCAGGGACAUACCCCUGACAUUCACUGCUAGUCUGAAGAGCUGGUGGUAUGCCGGUGAGAAGCAAGGUGCAGCCGCAGAGGAGCGCCUCCUGAGGCGUCUGCCCUUCUUUGUCCCUGAGAAGAUGCCCACAUCAACUGCCGGGGACAGUCCUGUUAUCGCGCGCACGGAACGUAUGGCCCUCGCAACUCCGAAACACUACCUCAAUACGCUAUCCAUCAAAUCAACUAACAAAGCUCCAAAUGCACCACCCCCUGCCGUCGUUUUACAUGGUUAUGGAGCAGGCUUAGGAUUCUUCUUCCGUAAUUACCCCGACCUUGCUACCUGGGCAGGCCACAGAGGCACAGAUGUCCACGCCCUUGACUGGCUUGGUAUGGGUCGGUCUGCCCGUGUCCCCUUCCACGUGAAAGCCAAACGUGACGACGUGGCCAGUCGCGUGCGUGAGGCAGAAUCCUUCUUCGUCGAUUCGCUUGAGGAGUGGCGAGACAAGAUGGGCUUGGAUAAAAUGACUUUGAUUGGCCAUUCUCUUGGGGCAUAUUUCAGCGUUGCAUAUGCUCUGCGCUAUCCCGCGCGUGUGAACAAACUCAUCCUGCUAUCACCUGCUGGUGUAACUCGCGAUCCAAACAACCUUACCAUGCCUUCCAGGGAAUUGACGGACACGGGCGAUUCAGCCAGCUCCGCCAGCUGCGCGGCGGCAAGGAAGCAGGAAAGCCGGACAAUGAGGCUAGUCACGUAUCUGUGGGAAGAGGGAUGGAGUCCAUUUCAGUUGGUGCGGUCGUCUCUAUUUUGGGGCCCAAUGUUAAUCGGCAAAUACUCUAGCCGCCGCUUUUCGGCUCUUACCGAGGAUGAAACACGCGACAUGCACGAAUAUAUCCUGAACAUCACACUAGCCAAAGGAUCUGGCGAGUAUUGCAUAUCUCACAUUCUUGCGCCGUUUGCACACGCCCGCAUGCCACUAGUAGAUCGGAUAUCGGCCCUCAAAAUGCCCAUAACCUUCGCCUACGGGGAACAUGAUUGGAUGGACCCUGUCGGCGGGCUUCAAUCCCUUCAGCAGCUCCGUGAAGCCGGUAAUCACUUUGGGCGAAUGUUCGUCAUUCCUGGUGCUGGACACCACCGUGCGCCUUUUUCCUAUUUGGACAAUCCAAGAGCUGUUAAUGACCUCCUGACCCAAGAACUUGACUCAACUGAUAAGCAACGCUAA